GAGGCUUUUGGUAGUACUGUGCGAUUCCUACCAGCUGUUUCCCGCCUUGAAAGAUAUCCGAUCAGCUGCAAAUACACACAUACACUUACAUGCAGACGGGCAGAGGGAGGGUCAGAGCGCCAUACACAACGAGGGAACCCCGUCAGCUGGAGUAUAGUAACAUUACAACUCUGAAUACUCAGCUAAUACUACAUAUACAGACCUGGAAUCUUUUUUUUUAUCAUGGAGAUUUAGUACCGUGGUUCAAGGGAUUUUGCUCGCCAAAAACAGCAUCCACAUUUCUUAUUAAUUAAAACGAGAAAUUGGGAUCCUACACUGGAGAGGAAAGCAUGGAGUAUUUCAUGGUACCAGCUGAAAAGGUGCCCUCCUUGCAACAUUUUAGGAAAACGGAGAAGGAUGUGAUUGGUGGCCUUUGUAGUCUGGGGAAUAUCCCCCUGACCCCUGAAACGGCGCGCGACCAGGAGAGGCGAAUCCGACGGGAGAUCGCCAACAGCAACGAGCGUCGGCGCAUGCAGAGCAUCAACUCUGGCUUCCAGUCCCUCAAGACGCUCAUCCCCCACAGCGACGGAGAGAAGCUCAGCAAGGCAGCUAUCUUGCAGCAGACAGCAGAGUACAUCUUCUCCCUGGAACAGGAGAAGACCCGGCUACUGCAGCAGAACAAUCAGCUGAAGCGCUUCAUCCAGGAGUUCAGCGGCUCCUCCCCGAAGAGGAGGCGUGCUGAGGAGAAGGACGAGGGGAUCGGCUCCCCCGACAUCCUGGAGGAGGAGAAGGGGGAGGACCUGCGGAGGGAGAUGAUCGAGCUACGGCAGCAGCUGGAUAAGGAACGUUCCGCCAGGAUGCUGUUGGAAGAACAGAUCCGCUCCCUGGACGACCACCUGUACUCGGAGAAGCUUCUGGACCAGGAGCUGCGGGCCGGCCGCCUGGCCCAGCAGCAGCACGACCAGUCGGAGGAGAACACACCCGCCCUCAGCCCGCAGGUUUUGGCGCCGGCCACGCCUCCCGCCCCCACCCACCACGCCACGGUCAUCGUCCCUGCGCCGGCACAGCCCGCCACCCAGCCCCAUCACGUCACCGUGGUUACCAUGGGCCCGCCCUCGGUCAUCAACGCAGCAUCCACGUCUCGGCAGAACCUGGACACGAUCGUGCAGGCCAUCCAGCAUAUUGAGGGCACCCAGCACGAGGAGGCCGGUGUGGGGGGCGAGGACGAGCAGAGGAGGGCCGUGAUCGUCACCCCCGGACGAGGCCUGUCAGGCUCCGACACGGGGUCGGACAGCGAGGACGCGGAGGACUGCUCACUGCCCUGAGACCUUGUCUGGGUCACACACACACACCAAAAGAAGGGGCUUUUGACAGUGGGGCCCAUACAAACACCAAGCUCUCUGACUGUGGACACUACUAGGAGGAAGAUGAUGAUGGAAAAAGGCUAACACACACACACACAUCAUCCACUUACUGUAGAACCAUAGGCUGCCCUAACAGUUUAAUUGUCUUUUUCUUUCUUUUUUUCCAAUCUCUUACGCUCUUCUCAAUUUCCUGCUCCUUUGCUGGCUACCAAGGUUCUGACACACACACACACAGGACUACGUAAAGGGUGAGCUAGACUGAAUGUCUGGACCACACCAGUAUCCCCCCCUUUCUCGUUCCCUGGAUGACACUGCUCCAGAUCCUUGCUGGCACUUCCACACACAGACCUGGCGCUGGAACGAGAGGAUUUUUUUGUUUUACUCUUGCAGAGUAAAAAUGAAAACAUUUCACUUCCCCCGGUCUUUCUGCUGGGUGGGGUAUCUGGUCAGCGAUUGUACUUAAGGCCAACCAGCAGCACCUAGACUGGAAACUGUCACUUUGUCCCUGUCGAGCUAAGAAACUUAGCUUGGGAGACGAGGCAAACAUUUAGUUUUUGUUUUAUGGAGGAGAACAGAGGAAGAGUGCACUUAACCGAUUCCCUACCUUCUCUCUCUCUCUCCUUUUGUCUGUCUGUGUUGGUGCCACUACGUGCUCUUUUACUGGGCUGGGUCCCAGUAUACACGCCAUGUUUUUAGGUACACUACCCCCUUUCGACACCCCCCACACUCUAAAACGGCCACCCUAGGGCAACCUAAAGGUCGGGGUCGGUGCAGAAAAGAGCCUGGCUUGUUGUAGAAGCCAAUCCGAGGAUGGUUCUCUCUGUGCGUCCCAUCGUUCACCGGGGUUCGUUUUGGCUCUGGCGUCGUUCAGCGACCGCUCACCCUCCUCGAGGGUCAAGGCAUUCGCUCACCGAGUUGCUCGGUCGUGCCGUGGAGCUGCGUCGAACACGCCGAGCGCACUCGCUCUAUGCAUUCUCUCGUCGCCGAAGUGGUGGAUUUAUUUUCUAUCGUCGAACGUUCAUCGCCGCCGCUCGGACGUUAAAAGCUCUCAGUGCCGGAGUUGCAUGUCGUCCUGUCUUACAGUCCUCACUUUAGUUUUAGUUACCAGACAGAGACAGACUGCUAGGUGAACAGCAGCUGCUGGCCUUAACCCAGCCCUGGUGGAGGACAGACCUGAACAGUCCUCCAUCCUCUACCCCCCCGCCGAGAUCUCCCGCCCCCCCUUUACCCAGACCCCCUACUGUAGAGACAUGCCGGUAUCACUGGAGCCUUCCAUUUUUUUCACAUGGAUGGACAUUCUAGACAUUCCAGAAGAUUCUAUCCCUUUACCCUCCCAUCUUAACCAGCCCCUAUUCACUAGUACAGCAUGCUUGGUUUUAGUUUCUGGAGAUAGUUUUGGCAUCGUACCUGCCAUAGCAAUGGAGUCUCUUGUUUUGUUUUUUAUCGUAAUAUGAAUUUGAUGGCAAAUUCGAGAAUGUGUGUUCUUAAUGGUGUCCUUUUUUUUGUACAUAAAAAAAAAAAAAAACUGCUGGACAGAAAUUGUUCAAGUGGACGCAGCUCGGCUGUCCUUCCUGGCUCUAGGAGUGAACUCACAGCGAGGUCAGGACAGGACUGAGCUAGAUGGCUGCUGGGAUAUUUACCUCAGCCAGGGACGAACCGGUGUACACGGUCGACCUGCUCUCGAGGUAUGAUUUCUCCCCCCCCCCCCCCCCCCCCAAAGAAAACGUAUGUUGUUAAUCCUUACCUGAAACAGGCCCGCGUACUGAACACGUAUUGAUUGCUGAAAAGACGUGGUUUGCUCUUGGUCCAUCUUCCCUCUCGCCCGGUGAACCUGUAUUCAACCACUUCCUCUCGAAGCCUUUUAACUGCCCCGCGUCUCUGUAAACGGACACGUCAGAGAGUCGGGUCUGGAGAUCCGAGGAGGCAGGGGGGGUCAGUAACUGUGAUUUUGAAGCACUUACUGUACUAAGAGGGAGAGGGGGGGGGUCUAUUUUUGGGAAAAAAUCCCCCCCCCCUCCCCUCCCGCCCAGCUAAAGCCCUUGAAAAGCUGUGAGAGAAAGCGCAUAGCUGUUCUACUCUCCUAUAUACCCAUGCCCUCUCCAUGUCUCUCCAUCCCACACUCUCCCUCUUCUGUCGUCUCUCUCCUCAUCAGUCUGGACCUAUCUUCCCUCUCUCCAGACCCUCCUUUCCAUAAAAAAAAUAAUAAUCUGUUGUUGAUUUUGUUCGUGUUUGUUUUUUUGUGGACCUUUUGUUUGUUGGUCCAUGUGGUCAUCAAGAAGCUAUAAUAUUUCUGGAUUUUUUUUAAGGAAAAAAAACAA